AUGAAUGUACAGUUGGACCAGGGGAAAUGGUAGUAAAUUAAGGUGAAACAAAUAAUAGAGUAUAUUUCAUAUUAAGUGGAAGUAUUGAAUAAAUAAUUUAUUAAAAUCAAAUUAAUACUUAAUUAUAAACUCUAAUAUAAUAAUUAAAAUAAGGAGAUUGUUUUGAUGAGUUUUCUUUUUUAUGUGAUAUAUAGUGUGAAUACUCUUAUAAAAGCACAUCAGUUACAUAAUUAGUAUAUUUAGAAAGGUCUGAUUUUAUAGAAAUAAUAAAAUGUUAUAAAGAUGAUUAUGAAAACUUUAUGA